AUGACUCGCGGUCGCAAAAAAGAUCUUUCGAUCCCUCCUACUCGUGCCCUCACUCAGCAACGCGAUUACCGUGCCAGGAAAGCGCAUUAUCUUACAGAACUCGAGGAGCGCUGUCGUCGUGCGGAGGAGGAAAAUGAACAAUUGAAGCAAGAGAUACAGGCCCUUAGAGCCGGCUUACCUAUUACCCCUUCGCCACUGGAUCCUCAACUACUCGCUGCUUCAUCGGAACUGAUGAAGGAUUUAUCUGCUGCAUCCGAUGCUCUGGAAACUUUCCAACAAUUGGCUUAUCCUAACACGCGCAUAAUGCAAACACGAUUGACACCCCGCGCUUCUCCUUCCCCAUCUAUGUCGAGCUGGAGUUCCCACUCGGUGCCACAUGAAGGCUCUCGGCUAAGACCUGCGUUCUUCCCGUCCCCAGCCUCUUCGGAAGCAUCCUUACCCCCUCAUGAUAUAUUGAUGGGACCAGAAAAGUGCGAUAUCUGGUUAGAAGAGUCAAAUAGGCCUGCCCCAGAAUCGCAUUCCCUUCGCAAAAUACUUUGUCUUCCGGACGUUACAUCGCACCCGACCACAUUACCGACGGACAGCAGCACUGCGGCUCAUCAUACGAUGGUUCCAUCGGAAAUGCUUCAGCCAUGA